ACCAUGAUGGCGGCGGCGGCAGCGGCAGAGUUGGGCGGCGGUCCCGGUUCGUCUCCCACCGGUUCCUCCCGACCAGCGGCGGCGGAUUACUCGGUGUUAGUAGUGGUGGGAGCGCUGGGGCCCACCGGUUUACUGGAACGGCUGCUGCAGCAGAUAGACUCAGGUGUACGGUGUUGGCCUGUAGACCUGGAUGUUUCUGUUCUGGAUCAGCAGCUGAAACUCUUCGUGUCCCGACACUCAGCCUUCCUGUCAGAACAUGUUCCAGGUCAGCGGACUCUGCAGCACCGUGGGGACGUUCUGGACACUCAGGUUGUGGUGAAUCCAGCGCAGGACUUCGUCUGCUCAGAGGUCCGGCGGCUGGUCUGUGACUCAUCCCGACACAAGCUGCUGGUCCUGGCCGGUCAGUGUGUCGAAGACACUGCAGACAUCGUGUUACAGAAAGGCUGCUUCUCCCUCAACCACUUCAUCCACAUAUUUGCAGAUGAAGAGGUAGGAGAGUUGUUGAGUUCUGCAGACCCAUUGAUGAAGGCCAGCCUCACUCUCAGCUGUCCAAACUAUGGUCUUUGGAAGGACUCUGCGUUGGACAGACACAACCUCCAGGACUUCAUAAACAUCCAGAUAAACCCUCCCCCCGUCUUCCCAGAAAUGGAGGGUCUGCAGGAGUUCACGGAGUACCUCUCUGAGUCGCUCGAGCCUGAGCGGCCCUUCCACCUCCUGGAGCCACCGAGCACCGUGGGAUUCCUGAAACUCUCACGGCCCUGUUGCUACAUCUUCCCCGGUGGGAGGGGUGACUCUGCCUUCUUUGCCGUUAACGGUUUUAACAUCCUGGUGAAUGGCGGGUCUGAUCCCCGCUCCUGCUUCUGGAAACUGGUUCGACACCUGGACAGAAUCGACGCCGUGCUCCUGACUCAUAUUGGUGUAGACAAUCUCCCCGGGCUGAACAGUCUGCUGCUGAGGAAAGUAGCAGAGCAGGAGGAAGAGUCUGCUGGAUGUCAGGCUGAAGAGGACUGGGUGAAAAACCUCAUCUCCCCCGAGAUUGGGGUGGUCUUCCUCAAUGCUCCCGACAGACUAAAGUUCAUACAGGGAGAUCCCAGCGAGCUGCGGAGUUGCGACCAGGUGGCGCUCACUCUGCAGCACUUAGAAAGACUGGCAAUCAAACCUGAACCUAUCAGCCGGUCUAACGGACCCAGUAUAGAACCAGUUAUCUUGUUUCAAAAGAUGGGAGUUGGCCGUCUAGAGCUGUACACACUGAAUCCAGUCAGCGGCAGCAAAAACCUUGAAGCUUUAAUGCACAUUUGGCCAAACAAUGGAUCAAAUGUAAAGGGCUCAGAUCUUCCACUACCAUGCCUUGUUUCCAUUUGUGCUUUGCUGGUCUGGCAUCCUUCCAACCCUCAGGAGAAGAUCAUCCGUGUCCUUUUCCCGGGGUGCACACCGCAGACCAAAAUUCUGGAUGGACUUGAAAAACUCAGACAUCUAGAUUUCCUCAAACAUCCGGUUGUGUGUUUUAAGGAUAUAGAAACAGCCAAAACUGAGAAACAACCUAAAAGAGCAGAGAGUCGUGAAAGCCUUAAGUCUCAGUCCAAGGACUUUAGACCCAGUAGUGCCUUGCAGAAAGACAAGCUUGGACGAGUAGAUGUCAAAAAACAGGAGGGGAAAACGAAGGCAAAGCCACCAAGUGACACUGCAUCUAAAGAAAGAAGUGACGGGGAGGAAAAGCCAAAAUUAAAAGAUGUAGAUGCUAAAUCAAAGCCACCUAAACCUGCUCAAAAGCUUGUUCCAAAGAAAGAUGUGUCGAAAGAAGAGAAAAGGGAAGUGAAAAAGGAAGAUAAGAUCCCUGCUGCUGUUGUAAAGAAAGAACAAAGUGGAGAGAAAAAGAAAGAAGUGGUAAAGAAGGAAGCGCUUAGUACAAAACCAAAAAAAGACUUCAGACCUGAGCUAAAAAAAGACAGCAAGAAGGAUGUAAAAACAGAGGAGAAGAAAAGUGCAAAGCCAGCUGUUAAAGAAAUAAAGAAAGCAACAAGUGGGGCCUCGAGUGCUGCAUCAACAAGUACAGAACUAAGAAAACCUUCGGGCAAGAGUGGGACUCUGAAGAAAGAUGGCACUCUUCCAAAGAAAGAUACUUCAAAUAAAUGGACUAAAGGCAAGCCAGGGUCAAAGGAGCAGGAAAACCAGAAGGACGCAGAUUGCUCUAAGGUGUCGUCACCUGAGGACAUGACGGCUGAGUUUGAAACACUUAGAGUGAAAGAUGACAAUGGCAACAGCAGCCAAAACUCAAAGGCUACAGCAGUCAUGGAUAUUGAAGGAGCAGAGGCCAAUGGGAACCAGACCUCGACAGUAGAGAGUCCAGAGAGGUUUCGCUGUCUGGAGACGGACCAGGACGUGGCCACUGCCUCGUUGAAAAACGAUGACACCUGCCUGAGCUCAGAGGAAAAGACUCUGGAACUGGUCUCUCCUGCAGAUUCUGCCACUAACUCUGCCGAACAUACCCCUUUCCAUCACUCCCCCGAAGAGGACAUUCAGGGUUUGGGAGAGGACAGCAGCCUUGGAGUGAGAGGAUCCGGUCUGGGCCUGGAGGAUUACAACCAGGGAGGUUCUUGCAGGACCUCUGACCUGAGCUCCCUGAGGGAAGGUCUGGAAAACUCAACAUCCUCUCAGGACCAACAGUCCAGUCUUUUGAUACUCAGUCCUUUCAAAGACAUAAUGCCAGACUCAUCCUCCACCGUGACCUCCAUGCCGGCUGAAGUCGGCUCUCCACACUCUACAGAAGUGGAUGAAUCCCUGUCUUUUUCUUUAGAUCAAAUGCUGCCACCCACUGCAGUGUCACCCAAAGGACCCGUGGGAGACAGAGUCUACUCUAAUGGACAUGUAAGUGACUCGGACACCAACACCGGAAUGGCCUUACCUCCGAGGUCAAACCAUAAUGGCUGUUGCGGAAAUGGAUCAGAGGAACACAUCCACGGGAUGUCGGAACUCAUCUCAGAUGUUCCACAUGACGUUGAUCUCUGCUUAGUGUCACCUUGUGAAUUCCAGCACCCCAAGACUCCAGAGAACCAUCAGCAGCAUGUCAGCCCCGGCCUCGCCACCCGUAACUCACCAGACCUCUCCGACAACAACAACCACUCACAGGAUCAGAGUAGCAGCAACUGCCUGUCAGUCUACAGCCAGGAAACUCCAUCCACAUCAGUCAGUGACUCCCUCCCCACGGCCACAGACUCUGAUGUCCCCCCCAAUACAGAGGAAUGUCCUUCCAUCACAGCAGAUAUCGACUCUGAUGAUGAUUCCAGUAGCCUUUUCCCGCUCAGACAUCUACAAGAUCAUCCCAGUCAACACUGCUCCCACAUGGGAGGGCAGCUUUCGUCCCAUGACCCACCACCAGCCCCGGUCAAGGAUUUGCCCCCGUUACCACCCCAGCCUGGCACCUGCAUGGCUGACACAGAGGCUGACCGUUCAAGCAAAACCCAGAAGAGCGCAGCUGCCAAGACCAAGAAACCAGCAGGUACGAUGCAGAGGGCUACCGCUGGGAGCACCACCACCCAAAACGGAAAGGCCAAGGUCGGCAGUUCCACAGGGUCACUAAAGAUGACCUCCAGCCUUGACACAAAGCCAUCAUCCCGAAAUUCACUUGGAGGCUCCAGAAUUGGAACUGCAAAACCUUCUUUCUCAGCUUCCAAAGCUGCAGGUUCUGAGGGGUUCGCGGUGUACGUGGACCUGGCCUACCUGCCGUCCGGCUGUGCCUCCUCCACCGUUAACCAGGAGUUUUUCAGAUGUCUUCGCUCGUUGCAUUACAUCGUCAGUGGAGAUGAUCCGGUGAAGGAAGUGGCGAUGAGGAGCAUCCUGGACGCCCUGCUGGAGGGGAAGAGCAGCUGGCCAGAGGUUCAGGUGACUCUGAUCCCAACAUUUGAUUCGCUGGCUAUGCACGAGUGGUAUCAGGAGACGCACGACAGGCAGAGGGAGAUGCUCAUCACUGUGCUGGGCAGUAACAGCACUGUAGCCAUGCAGGAGGAGACCUUCCCUGCCUGCAAGGUGGAGUUCUAAGGCCCGCCCCUCUGACCUCUGACCUCUUCACAGGUGGAUAAAGUGAUGGAGGAUAGACUUUUGUUGUUGCCAUGGUUGCAAGCAGACCAGACCAAUGACAGUGCAUGUUUGAUCAGGUUUCAGGUCAGUGGAGUCAUUUUAGUGAGCAUGCUCAGUGACACCCUGCACAGCGCUCACUGUUAGUCUGAAGGUUGAUGAGACAGGAAGUCCGGUUAAAGAUCUGUGACAGCAUCUGAUCCAGAAGCUGGUCCUUUGAAUAAGAAAAGGUUUCCUUUACGUUUGCACCUGAGUGACAUCACUGCAUGGUUAGCACCUGUCACUUCCUCACUGCUGGAUCAGGAUGUUAAGACUAACGUCUGUCAGUUUUAUUAAUCUGAAAAUCAUCAACGCUGGACUCAGAUUCAACAUGUCAGCUGUGAAGAGGGAAGCUUCCAGGAAGCUGAGCAGUGUCUCUCAUCUUCGUCAGAAACAUGAUGAAGACGAGGUGGAGGGAAACAAAAUGCUGGCAGAAUCGCUGAUCCCACGUUGAAACUGAAAAGUCAUUUCAAUCCCCUCCUGUGAUGACGCAAUCUGGAUCAAAUAAUUCUGCAAGCUUUAUUUGAUAAUCAAGGCGUCUUUCUGUUGUCAUGACACAACUUUCUGUCUCAUAAUAAGCAGCGUCUUUAUUAAUUCUGAACUCUUUGACCUCGUCGUACGCCGUCUCUAUCUCUUAUUCAGCUACAUGUUCCCAUAAUUACUGAAUCUUCCACAGUGAAGUGAAAUUGGCCUCAUCUAUUCGAUGUUUAUCUUAUGGAGAUUUUUAGUUUCUCAUUAAAGAUACAGACAUAAAACAUCUGUAUCUAAGCCUAACCCCUGUUAGUCGAGGAGAAAACUGGUUUGAUCCAGCAGGCGGGAACGACUGCAGAGUUUUUCAUGUCCACGUGUAGGAGAUCUGCCGAGUGAAGACAAAUGUGGGACCACAUGUUGCAGCUUUGUGAUCAGUUUGAUCAUGUGAAGGUUUGAACAGGACUGCAUGCAGCACAGAGCUCAGGUCAGAUCUCACCUGUUUGUAGUGAAGAAGAAUCACUUUUAGCAAAAUGUUUUCACUUUGACUUGUUCUUUUAGCUUUGACUGUGUGAACCGCUCGUGUUCGUUCUGGUCUGUUAUUCAAUGGCAGCAGCAGGUUCAGCAGAAAUAUUUCACAACCCCCCCCCCCAGUUUAGUCUGUGGCUCUAAAUACUACAUGACCCUCAGCUGUUGUAUGAAUCGAUCCAAAUUAUGAAAGCGAUUUGAUUCAAAUCAGCUUUAUCCUGCCCUUUUGUGCCUGGCAACAGAGUGUGGAGCUCUCUGAUUGGAUGAAUCUUACAGCAGUGUUCUGGGACUUGUAGAAAGAGCCCACAUUUGUUUUUUGCUUCUUUUAAUGUUUCUCGUUUAAUUUAGAAACGACGACUGAAACCACGAAGAUAAAACUUGAUCGUCCUUUAAUUUUUAUUUCUGCCUCAAAAAACACAAACAUUUCACUCUUUAACUUAUUUAUUUAUUUUCUUUUUACAAAUUGUCCUUUUUUGAAUUCACACCUGCGCUUCGAUGAGUCGGACCUUUGGUACGAGCUCCUUGCCGACUUUUGUCACCCAUGAGCUGAAUUUAAAUACUUUAAUGGUCCAGUGUGGAGGAUGUAGCGACCUCUUGUGGUGAGUCUGCAGAGUGAUACGAAGUGAACGGCCCUCGCUCACCCUGUGGACCGGGGGUUUGGUUUGUCCGCUCCCUCUCUUGUGUUCACAUGAUUCACACUGAUGAAGACAGAACUAUGAAGAUGAGAUUUCUGCCAACAGACCCUGAAAAAUUCACUUCAUGUCCAGUUUUUUCCCUUUAAGGGCUGAAACACAGAAACAAACUGAUCUUUAUUUCAGUCGUCAGAGUUUUGGUUUAUCGGUUGAAGCCGACCUCUCUGCUGAAUGCUGAAUCUUUAUUGGGAGCUGCUUUUAACAGCUGAUCCUGGUGCAGCGUGACCGUUAACUGCACAAUAAAUGAGAUUUGAGUCACAGAGUCAAAAUAUUUUGACAGAAAAGUUACAAUCUUAUUGAAAUAAGAAAAUAAGUCUCAUUUUAAAAUAAAGAUGAACACGAGAUUCGACUUUGUGACUUUUAAUAUUCGGAUAUUUUUCUCUUUCAGAUAAAUAAAAUAUUAUAUGCCUUUUUCUACUCAAAUUAUGACAUUCUCAAAAUGCGUUGACCUUUUUGCAAAUAAUUUUGACUUUAUUUCUUAAAAUAUUGAGACUUUUCUGUGAAGUUAAGGUUUGAAAAGGUCAAAGUAUUCUUAUUUUCUUAGAACAUUUUCAGUUUUUCUCAGAAUUUCAGCUUUAAUCUUGGAAUAUUUAGAAUUUAUCUCCAAAUCAUGACUCUCUUUUCAUAAUAUUCUGACUUUAUCGACAACCCAGAUUUCUUUUCCUUCAUCGGUGACAAACUGAAGUCCAGUUUUAAUAAGACAGACGACAUCAAAGCCAUAAAUGUAUUAGAGAUGUGAUUGAUUUAGAAAAUGUUUUCUCCUCUUCCCCCUCUCCCAAUACACACACACACACACACACACAGACAGGAAAUGUAUGUCUUGGAACACUAAUUUCAAUGAUUCUUUCAAAAUAAAAUGAGCCCU